CACCGGCCGACACACAAGUACAUCCAUCCAUCCAUCAUUUCUGCCUGCCUGCCUGCCCGCCUGCCUGGAGACACGUCGCAUAAGUUACCCACAGUCAUGAACCACACAAAUGUAUACGGUCGGUCAGUCAGUCACGUCAGCGCAUGCACCCAGCCAUGCAUGGCCUGGCAGGACCUACCACCCCACCUCAACAAAGCACCCUAUCGAUCUCGGUCGGCGGCAGGGAAGCUUCUCCAGCUGUCUGUCUGUCUGUCUGCCUCUCAGUCGUUUGUCCACUGGCUGGCUCAUCCGAUAGAUCGAUUGAUCCAUCAGCCAUGAUGUCCAUGGCCUCCCCUGCCCGCCGCGCGCGCCGAUCCACUCGCCGGCGUGACGCAGCCCAAAUACGCACUCACGUCUUUGCUGUUGCUGUCCUUGCUGCCUGUGUCGCCCAGGCCCCCCUCCCCCCGACCGCCCUCGUGCCGGCUGGCUUCCUUCUCGCUAUCUUUGUCGAUCGUCCUGCGUCGGGGCAGCAGCAGUGGGGGCGGUGGGAUGACCCUUUCCCUUUGGUCGUUGUCGUCGUCGUCCCUCCCCAGCAGCUCCCGGUGUGUGGUGCCUUCGCUCCACGAGAGGGACCUCUUGAUGAGCGGAAACGACGACGGGUGGGGCGGGGUGGGGCUGUCGAAGGGCGACAACAGCUCAGACAUCGACGAGAAGCGUCGGAACUCAUUAAUCAGCUUGGCGCGCCGCGCUUGACGGUCCGACGCUGAAUAACGGCCGUGCACAAUCUGCUGCUGGUGGCUGGCCUGGAGGGGCAGCAUGGUGCUCUCUGUCUGCUGGGAGGGAGAGGUGGGCGGGUCGGUGCAGCUGCGGGAACACGCGUGUCGAUCGGUUUUCGGGGGUCGCGUCAUGUCGUCGUCCAGCUGCUGGCCGGCGUCAUUGCCCACCCUGCGGCCACCUCGCUUGUUGAGAAACAGGCAGCUGCACACGAGCGGCUUGUCGUCGGUCGGCACGGUGCCCUCUCCUUGGUCGCUCCACUCACUGCUCUCAUAAGCGUAUUUGCCCCACAAGUGCCGCUGGAACCGCCGCAGCAAGAGAAAGAGGACCAGCAUCAGCAGCACGGCCGCAAUCACCGAUCCGAUCGCAAUGGCCACUGAGGCGGCUGUCUCCUGGCCGGGCGACAGCUGCACCGCCUGACGACUCCUUUUGCCGUCGUCGGGCGAACGGUGAGGCUGUGCAGGGUGAGAGGGCGGCAGAAAAGAGGACGAUGGCUGCUGGGAAGCGACCUUGGAGCUGCUGAUGGUCAUGGUGGCGGAGGGGGGGAGAAAGGCCGACAGAGAGGCGCGUAGGACGCUCGACGGCUCAGAGACUCCGGCACUCAACCCUGAGCAAAGAGGCACACAACACAGAGAGAGAUGACGGGACACUCGUCAGCGGUCAGGUCUCUUACUGGUGGAUAUGGCUGUUGAGUUGAGGCGAGCUGGCCCCUGUGUCGGACCAGGCGCCUCACUGCCGUCACCGGCCGAAGCGGACGGCACCACGAUGACAGCCAUCUCGGUGUUGUUGGUGGGGGUAGACGGGGCGGGGGGCUGGAUGGGGGCGUUGUGGCUGACGGUGAAGGUCACAGACAACGGAUCGCUCUCCUUGACCUUGUCGACUGUCACGUGCUCACGCUCGAUCGAGAGCGUCUGCAGUCAGUAAGGUAGGCGCCAGACACAGAGGGAAGGGAACGGACACAAUCGGCAUGCUGCUGCUGUGGAUAGAUACCUGUGCCAACUCACCUCCGCCACGCCGCUUCGGAUCGCCUCUUUGAGUCCCGACACGUCCGCCCCCUCUCUGAUGGGCUGGUCAAACGUCACUGUGUAAGACGACCUGUCCUUGUCCUUGUUCCCCCCCAUUCGGCCGUCUCGAUCUCCGCUGCCAAUGACGCCGCGCACAAAGUCCACCGUACGGUUGAGAAGGUCAGCGAAGGCACCUGGGGGCACGUCCUCCUCGCUCUCGCUUGCCCGCGAAGACGUGCCGCUGCCGCUGCUGCUGCUGGUUUGUGGCUGCCCUUGCUGCGGUUGUUGUUGACCCUCCGACUCCUCUGUCAGCUUGUUCUCUUUGAUGGUGUCAUUUUCGUCCUUCUUGAGGUCGAAGAGGUCAGCGAAGAGGUCAAGGCCGCCCGCGAUGAGACCAGCAAACCCUCCGCCGCCCUCGCUAUCUUGGUUAUGCCUCUCUCUCCUCCUCUCACCCCGAGCUCUCGGUGCGGCGGCCUCCAGCACCUCUGCGUCACGUUCCUCGUUCACAAAUGCAUCGUCCUCUGUCGCGACGGCCGUUGGGACGGUAGGUUCGUCGCCCGGCUCCUCGUCCAACAGCAGAACGUCACCCUCCUCCUCAGAGUCUCCUGUGGUGCCGCCCUCAUCUGCCUCAUCGAGGGGGGCAGCCGUCGUCGCCUCUUCUGGCGCAGAUGACACUGCCUCUCUCUCGGCCAUAGUCUCAGCCAUAGCCGUGUCCUGGAUGUCGUCAUCGUCGCCCCCACUCUCGGGCAUCGACUGUCCGUGAAGCGGCAGCUGCUCUGCCCCUACUGAAGCUGACGCUGACGUGGCUGGCGACAAGGCUGCAGGCGGAAGGACGGCUGCAGGGGGAGCAGGGUCAGCAGCCUGUAACUGUGAGGACUGCUUGGCUUUGAUUGGCAGAGAGGGAUACGCCGGCAUUGGGACACUGCCGGCGGUGCCGUCGAAGUCGGGCGGUACGGGGGCCGAGAAGGACAUGUCGUUGUCGCCCUCGUUCUCUGGUCUCUGCAGCUGGCCAGCGACUGAGUCGAGGGUCGAGUCGACAACCAGUCCAAGCCACUCCCCGCCGCUCUGCGGUCCACCACCCCCGGCUCCUCCGCCCGACGCUUCCGAGACCUCGUUGGUGACCUGACCGACGACCUCCAUAAACCUGUUGAAGAGCUCCUUGCGGUCCACGUCGCCCCGCUUGCCCUUGCCGACGCUGCUCGAGGCCUUCUCGUUCUCGCUGCCAGCGAACCAAGCCGCGGCCCUGUCCUCGUAGCCCGGCCUGUCCUGGUCCACGGACAGGGCGAGGGGAGAGGGGGAAUCCUGGUCCUCCUCUUGCUUCUUGCGUCGCUGGUCAUCCCGACCCCCUCCUGCUGUUUUGUUGUCCUCCUUGGUCGUGGAGCCGUCGCCGCCAUCCCUGUUGAGCACUGCCGCGAGCUGCUCCUCGAGUGAAGGGCCCUUUUCGCCUUCACUCCGGGCUGCUGCCGUGGCGGCGCCCGCUGAGGUCAUUGAGUAUGGCUCUUCCUCCUGCUUGUUGUGGUGCCUCUCUCUCUCCCUGGCACUGUAGCUGUUGUCCCUGUCUCGCUUGGCGCCACUCUCCUGCUUGCGCCUUGGGGGUACGGCGGGGGGCGUGACUUGUGACGCCAUGUCGCCGGAGUUGUUGGGGUUGGUUAGCAACGCCGCGUCGGCUGGGGCGGAUUGGGGCGAUUGGGGCGAUUGGGGCACUGUGGGCAGCUGUUGCUGUUGCUGCUCCUUCUCCUGCUGUAGUAGCUGUUGUUGCUGUUGCUGGGCGGGGCUGCUGCUGCCAGUGACCUCCUGAAUGAAUGAAGUACGUGGACACACACACACACGGACACACAAGUAAAAUGGUGGGGCCGGUUUGGUUUUUCGUGGUGCUCACUGACCUCCAGCAGCUUGGCCAUGCCGCCCAUCAGCCGCGUCAUGUUGCGAGCAGGCCGGUGGUCACCCUAAAGGAAGAAACCGCGUACGCAACAAAAUGCAUCGCUCGGUUAGUGCCCGGCGGCUCACCUCGUUAGCCAGCCUUCCUCUUCGCUUGGCGGGUUUGGCAGCCGAUGUGCUCUUCUCUGCCAUCAUAUGAAGUCACACAGGCCACAUGGAACGACCAUGAUGUCCAAUCUGUGCGGCUUGUUUAUCUUUGUCUGUCGGUCUGUCUGACUGUUUGUCUGUCUGCUCUUGCACGAUAUGCAUGGCGCCACCGACUGACCUCUGAGGGCGAAUCCGGCGAUGGCAUCGACGGCGCUCGUGACGCCCUGCCCGAUAGCCGCCGCCAGCUCCGACGCUUGUGUGUCGGCCGGCUCAUCAGCCGGCGCAGACUCGAUGAUCAAGAGCCACGACAGCAGCAACGUCCACACCAGCAUCAUCAUGUCAUGUACGCCAGUGGAGGUCUUCAGGGCAUGCCUGGCUCUCACUUGCUCUCCUGUUCUUCCCACACGGACACUCCAC